AUGGCGGACCAACAUGAGGUCGACCUUGACUCGAUAAUCGACCGCCUCCUCGAGGUUCGUGGAAGCCGUCCCGGUAAGCAGGUGCAGCUUCUCGAGGCAGAGAUCCGCUACCUGUGCACCAAGGCUCGUGAGAUCUUCAUCUCCCAGCCCAUUCUUCUCGAGCUUGAGGCUCCCAUCAAGAUCUGCGGUGAUAUUCACGGACAAUAUUACGACUUGCUGCGUCUCUUCGAGUACGGCGGCUUCCCUCCCGAGGCCAACUACCUCUUCCUGGGUGAUUACGUCGAUCGUGGCAAGCAGUCUCUCGAGACCAUCUGCCUGUUGCUCGCCUACAAGAUCAAGUACCCCGAGAACUUCUUCAUUCUCCGCGGCAACCACGAGUGCGCCUCCAUCAACCGUAUCUACGGUUUCUACGACGAGUGCAAGCGCCGCUACAACAUCAAGCUAUGGAAGACAUUUACGGACUGCUUCAACUGCCUGCCUAUCGCCGCUAUCAUCGACGAGAAGAUUUUCACCAUGCACGGCGGCCUCAGCCCUGAUCUGAACUCCAUGGAGCAGAUUCGCCGCGUCAUGCGACCCACUGACAUUCCUGACUGCGGUCUUCUCUGCGAUCUGUUGUGGUCUGAUCCCGACAAGGACAUUACAGGCUGGAGCGAAAACGACAGAGGUGUCUCCUUCACUUUCGGUCCCGAUGUUGUGUCCCGGUUCCUCCAGAAGCACGAUAUGGAUCUGAUCUGCCGUGCCCACCAAGUCGUCGAAGACGGUUACGAGUUCUUCUCCAAGCGCCAGCUCGUGACUCUGUUCAGUGCACCGAACUACUGUGGAGAAUUCGACAACGCCGGAGCCAUGAUGAGUGUGGACGAGAGCUUGCUCUGCUCGUUCCAGAUUCUGAAACCUGCUGAGAAGAAACAAAAGUACGUCCCUGGUGGUCUCGGAGGCAACAGCCGACCAGUCAUCUCUCCCCGGAAGUCCGCUUCCAAGUGA